ACUUAAAGGGUGGCACUCUCUAUUAAAGAAUAGACAGGAACGACAUCGUUCACCAGUUGGGAGACAGCAUGCAGCGGCGUAGGUAUACAUUCAUUAGUUACGUGGUCGACGGGGCGGUGAGCGUUUACACGAGCACGCGCCAGAAUUCCAGCGGAGUGGUGGCAAAGGGGUUUGAUGGUGGGGAUAGGGGGCCGGAGAUCGAGCGACCAAUAGGAAGCAAAGCGAAGGCAAGCUCCCGGGCGGAGCGUUCGAAUAUACCAGACGCUGUGCUGGCGUCCUUCUGUCAAACGGCGUUCAGCCGUCGAGGGAGUAGAUAGUGUGUCGUAUAUUGGGAAAAUCCUUGACAGACUUCGAGAAAUUCCAUUCGGUGAACGAGUGACAAAAUUCGUCAAACAUUGCUACGGACUCGCUGAGCGAAGAACACCAUUGUGCAUCUUGCGACGAGAUUGUGGUUCCGAAGAGCGGAAUAAAAUGGAAACUGCCGAAAUGUUGAACGUAUGGUUCGGCUGAAGGGGGUCCCAAGGAAGGAGAUUUUCGGCAGAAACGAACGUCAGUAUGUUACACAGUUCGUUGCCUCGGGCGUUCCUGGCCCCUGGACUGAAUUACUUGGGUUACUACGGUGACGAAAUCCACCAGCAUUCAUACGGAGCAGCCACCAGUUGGCACAUUCCUAUGGAAAACCCCUCGAUCUACUCGAGGGUCCCUGAUCACCAUGUUCUUCAAACUUGGGACUUGUCCAGGUCAUCCACCCCGUGUCCCCUGGACUUGUCUCUCAAGCCACCGCCUACACCCAGCACGCCGAAGACAGAGGAUCCUAUCGGACCAGACCUGAAAAAAGAUCAUACAACGUUGGACGAGGUACAGAAAGAAUCGGAGAAUACUAGGUACGGAAGGAGCAACGAUGAGUCGAGUCCCCUGGUGGUCGACGACUUUGACAGCGCUCCUCGAAGUUCCUCGGUGCACAGUCAUUCUAGUUACGAGCAAUUGCUUUCCAAGAAGGAGCCUCUGCAAGUCCAGGAGCCAACAAUCAAGCCUUGCACUUUGGAAGAAGCCACUCGACUGGCUGCCUUUGGUUCGACCAACGACAUCUCCUCUAAGUAUUACACGCACAAUCAGAAGCUCCUGUUGACCAGCCCCAGUCAUCUGCAAUCGGUGCAAGGUUACCAUCAACAGCUUCUUCUAACUCCACAGCAUCACCUGCAAGGGAUGCAACACGCACCCAUGACUCCACCGAGCACACCCUCGCCACCGCAGUGUCCUAGAAGAAAAGUCAGAGAGGAUGAUUCGAGUCCAGCUUCAACGACUAGCAACGUUGGUGGCGUGUCUAGUGGGUUCAGAUCUGGCUCGACCGAAAAGCUCCUGCAGAGACCGAAGAAAAAGCACGCCAGAAGGCUGAAAUUCGACGAGGACACCAGCAGUCCCGUAUCGGGUACUGUAAUUCUGGGCCCGGACGAGGCAGUGGUCACGGGAGACAUCGAUCCUGCCUUCAACAUCGUUGAAGUCACCGAGGAGGCGCGGGCGGAGCUGGCGAAGAUCGAAAAUAGGCUUGGCCCCUAUCAGUGCAAGCUGUGCAGGCAGUUGCACGAGGACGCGUUCCAACUGGCUCAGCACAGGUGCUCUAGGAUAGCCCAUGUCGAGUACAGGUGUCCCGAAUGCGACAAGAGGUUCUCAUGUCCGGCGAACUUGGCUUCCCAUCGACGCUGGCACAAGCCUAGACUGUCCAACGGCGAGCAUUCCUCUUCUACGGCGAGUAUCGAGAUACCUUGCACCAGGUGCGACGCCAAGUUCACCAGACAGGCGGCGUUGAGGAAGCACUUGGCCAGCCAGCAUCCAGAGACGAACAACAACAACAACAAUGUCGUUCUGGACACGCAGGGAGCAGCUGUUGGUAAGACUGACGUUGUUCAGGUGGUUUCCGAGAGCACGUUGAACACCGAGAUGCCCUGA